ACUCCAAUUAAUCUCUGACUUACAAUUUACUCCAACUGUGCAAUGUUCUUCGUUAAAAAGACUACAAAAAGACUAUUGUUGUAAACGGUAAUGAUUCAGCCAAAAGAAAUCGGAACUUCGAAGCGCGUGAAACAAGACGAGUUCAUCGAUCCUUCGUGGCCCACGGAAGUGCACUUUGCUCGCUCGCAGGAUCACUUCACUCCAUUCAAAGAUGAAUGACUCCGGCUUGAACUUCACGUCUGCGGCGCCUACAGAACCUACAGGAUACGAGUGCGGCCCGGACUUGGAAUCCUUCCACAAUUGGUACGCUCAGGUACACGGCUGGGCUAGUUUGCUGGUAUGCAUAUUCGGCUCGAUCGCUAAUGUUCUCAAUAUCGCGGUGUUGACGCGUCGCGAAAUGCAAUCACCCACCAACAUGAUCCUCACCGGUCUCGCCGUGGCCGACCUCCUCGUGAUGAUCGAGUACAUCCCCUACGCGAUCCACAUGUAUCUCUAUAAACGAUCCCGCAAGGACACCUUCACCUACGGCUGGAGCAUUUUCGUGCUGUUCCACUCGAACUUUGCUCAGGUGUGUCACACGAUCUCGAUCUGCCUGACGGUUACCCUGGCAGUCUGGAGGUACAUCGCGGUGGCACACCCGCAGAGAAAUCGCGAAUGGUGCAGCGACAAACGCACCUUCCUGAUGAUCGCCUUCGCCUACGUGUCCUGCCCGAUACUUUGCAUACCACUUUACAUCAACACCGAGGUGAGAUCUCAAGUGGAAGUACUGGACGAGUGGGGAAUGAGCGUGAACCUGACAAAACUCCAGCAGACGAGCAAUGGCACGUCUCUCGAGGGUAUGACUAAUACCACGCUGUACUUUGUAAAGCUCACCGAGUCUCCUAUCAGCAAUGUUCUCAACGACAUCAACGUCUGGAUCUACAGUGUGGUAAUUAAGCUGAUACCAUGCGUGGCAUUGACCGGAUUAAGUAUCAAGCUAGUCAAAGUAUUGUUGGAGGCAAAGCGAAGGCGGAAGAAACUCACUACGAAGAACAUCGCGAUCAAAAUGGGCAAUGGCAAAGAGCACACUUGCGAGAAACCCAAAAAGAAGAGAAAGGCUAACGAUAAAGAAAGACAGACUGACAGGACUACGGGGAUGCUGCUGGCGGUACUCCUGCUAUUCCUCCUCACGGAAUUGCCGCAGGGCAUUUUAGGAUUGCUCAGCGUAAUAGUGGGCCCGAGUUUCUUUAAAACGUGCUACAUAAUGUUGGGCGAUGUGAUAGACAUUCUGACACUCAUAAACUCGGCCAUCAAUUUCAUCCUGUACUGCACCAUGAGCCGACAGUUUCGCACAACUUUCAAUCAGUUGUUCUGCAACCGAUGGCGAUUGAUCGGCAGGUGGAUGGCGGUGCCGCAUCAACCGAUGGAGAACAACGGGCACACCGGGACCAAUCACACAGUGACCCAAGUCACCCAGGUCUAGCGUCGAAGAAAUCGACGGACCUUUUGCUAUCCGGUGUAAAGAGCUCGCUGAUUAGCUUCCUUUUAGACACGUGUACUGCAAGCCCGCGAAUAGAAAGAGGGUUUUCUGAUUCUCCGUCCGCCAGCAUGGCGGUAAGCAAAGAGAGGUGAAAUUUAUUUGCUCGCUACCGCCACCAGUCUUAAUUGCGUCGUCGUAGCCAACUUUACAACGCCCGGGGCAUCUUCAAGCCCGUUCCGCUGCCCCGGACAUACGACACACCAAAUGUGUAACAAAUAUUUGCUUCAGUUAGUUGGCGAAUCGUUAUGUUUUUCCAACAUGUGUUUUAUUUCGAUAUUUUGCAUGUUACUUUGUUACAUUACAAUCAGUCAGCGACUGCCAUCAAAUUGACGAUACGCACAACGGUUAUACUUAAUAACAAAUGUUGUGAUAUGUGCAGACACUUAUAAGUCGUCAUUAGUCAUUUAAAUGCCUAAUCGUACCUUUAUACUCAAGAUAGCUUCAUUUAGAAAAUUAUCAAUUUUCCAGUGGUAAUAUAAAUAAUUAUAAA